AUGACGAUUCCUGCGUACAGUGUAUUUUUGGGGGCGUGCGUGCUGCUGCUGUACACCGGACUUCGGUCGACGAGUGCUAGCUACGUCGGCGGCGACCCGGAUCAGGUUGUGCAGUUCGGAACGUACGAUGUGACGCUGCAGGAGUGUUUCUUUCAGAAGAUUUUCGCUUCAAUGCCAUCACCACAAGCUGUGGCGUUCAACAACCCGGCAGCGAAAGCGAUUGCUUUCAUUUCGAUCGAGACGGACCAAGGAAUGGAUUUGGGCGGCAUCACGGGCUCGAUCGCAUCCGGUACGAUUGGUACGAGCACUUCCAUCAUUCUACUGGUCACUGCCUCGCCGGUAUCCACGCAAUUCCUUAAUUCUGCUAAUGUAAGGAUGUUCUGUAAGAAAUAA